AUGCGUUGCACUCUCAUUCACAGGGCGCCCCCCACAAGUAUGCCCAACUGGCGGACGGUCACAGCAGAGGCAGCGUUGACAGAUGCGAUGAGCUAUCAAGAGAAUGCAGUUCAGUUCAUGAGGAAGGGACGUUAUGCAGAGGCUCUGCAGAUACAACUGAAAGCUCUUGGCGAUCUUCACCCAUUGGUUGCACAGGCUCUGGAGACUUUUGAGAAAUCACUCGCCAUCUAUCAGCACCUAGGGGGGGCUGGGAAACGAGUAGACUGGGCCUUGACCGUAAUGCACGUUGGCCAGGCCCUUGAGCUACAAGCUGAAAACAUUCCGAAGAAAGUAUCUCAGCUCCAAGACAACCAGAUAGACAAACUCACGAAGGAGGCCCUGGCGAAAUACAACAUGGCGCUUGAGGUUUUCAAAGUGCUGGAACGGGAGGAUCCAGACAUCGAUAUUGCAAACAUCAUGCACUGCAAGGGAAAUGUGUACAACAUUCGCGGACAGUACAAGGAGGCUCUGAGGCACUUCAAGUACGCGUUAGGAGACAAGCUUCAAAUCCUUGGCGAGAACGAUCCGAGCGUCGCAUGGACGAAGAACAACAUCGCCAACAGCCUGAAGGGCCUGGGACAGAUCGACGAAGCCAUCAAGUGGUACAAGGAAGCUCUCGACAUGGUGGCUCAUGUCCAUUGGAACCUUGCCCUGGCCUACCAGACCAAAGGAGAGAUGGAGGCGGAACGACGAGCAGCGAAAGGGAGGAGAAGCUUUUGGUUCAGGUUGUUCUUCGGGAAGGGCAGGAGGCGAGCGCAUGAAGGAAGCGACUUCUUGAAGAUGGAGAAGCAUCUGGUGCAUGCCUUCGACGUGUUUCAGAGUCGCCUCGGACAAGACCACACGUUCGUCUCCUCAGUCCUCCUCUGCUCAGUGUGCUCACUCAGCAGCUCCUUCAAGACGCGCGUCUGUGCGCAUGUGAGGAAGGAGGCGAAACAGAACUUCAAACGCUCACCAGCAGUCGAGGAUGGCUGGCAAACCUUGAAAGCUUUCGGAAUCCGCGAGCCAGCCGCUCGCUUGCAACGAGCGCGUCCUCCCCAUCCUCUCACGCAGUUGGAGGAGGUCGAGGCUACGGACGAACUCCACCUCGUCAUCCUCAACAUCAACGUUUCCUUCGACCUGCUGAAGGACUGCGCCUGA